CUGCCGGGACCCUGGAGCUGCUUCUCAGCCCGGACGCGGCGGAGUGAACGGAUUGUGCAGAUUAUCUCCGAGCGCGGCUUUGGGGUUCUGGCGGGGGCUGGGGAAAGGGCCGGAGGCGGUGAGGCGGACGCCUCCGCCAUGAAGAAGAUCUUCGGCUUUAGGACCAAGGGCCCUGUGCCCCUCGGCUCCUCCGAUGGCGCCCGGCCCCGGCGGAGCGGCGCGGGCUUUGGGAGCGGGGCUGUGAAGACCCCGGGGGCGCCUGGCUACCCCGUCCAAGACAAGGAUAUGGGAAAGAUCCACAAAGCGGCCAGCGUGGGUGAUGUGGCCAAAGUACAGCACAUCCUUCUUCUGGGGAAAAAUGGCUUGAACGAUAGAGACCGAAAGAACAGGUACCAAGUCGGCUCUGCAGCGGUGACUGCCCUGCAUUUUGCCUGUGCCUUUGGUCAUUCAGAAGUGGUGACUCUCCUUGUAGAGAGAAAAUGCCAGAUUGACGCCUGUGACAAUGAGAACAGCACAGCUCUGAUUAAGGCUGUACAAUGCCAAGAAGAGGAAUGUGUCGCCAUUCUGCUGGAACAUGGUGCCAAUCCAAAUAUUCCGGAUGCCAGUGGCAACACUGCUCUCCACUACGCUGUGUAUGGUGAGAACAUACAAAUAGCAGCCAAACUGUUUGCGCAUGAUGCAAACAUUGAAGCAAGAAACAAGGAGGAUCUCACACCACUUUUACUGGCACUAAGAGAAAAAAAACAGCAGAUGGUGGAAUUUUUUGUAAAAAGCAAAGCAAAGACUUGGGCAGUUGAUGAGAUGGAAAGCAGUAGGCAAGUACUUUCUGACUAUGAAGAAAAGAGACUUAAAAAUUCUGAAAAUGGCUAUUCAGUGCUGGGAAUCAAACCCAGGGCUUCAUGCAUCCUAGAUGAUGAGAGUUGUGAAGAUGGUUCUUUAACCAGGCUUUCCAACACACCACCUGGUCCUGGCGACCCCUGGCCUUCAUCAGAUGAAGACGACUAUGAUUUUGAUAAUAAGAAUGUUCCAAAAGUAAACUUAAAAGAGCUAUGGACUGCAGCACAACAAUCCAGGAAAAACCAAGGAAGAUGUGACUCUAGGAAAGUAGAAACCAGAACUUUGUUUGACAACAAUAAUUUUGAUAAUGAAAAGGAAGAUGUGGUUGAAGUCCCUCCUAAGACAUCAGUCAAAGUCCAGAGCUUUUCUCUUCCUUCCUCUUCAUCACCUGAUCCCAUGGAAGAAACAACUGAGCCAGCAAUUGGAAAAGGAGAGAAUGACACUAAUAUUACUGAGAGUGUUUCACAAGAACAAGUAAAUAAUGACAACUUGACUAAUGUUGAUGGAAGGCACAGAAAUAAUAAAACUGAAAUGAUGUCUGCAUUGGGAUUAGGAGAUGAAGAUGAAGAAUCACCUUGGGAUUCUGAGAGUGUUUCAGAGAGUCUUCCACUGAAAUGUACUGGUUAUUUAUCUGGGGAUGCAGAUCCAAGAAGAAAGAAUACUGUAAAUGAACAACUAGAAGAUAUGGUUUAUAUACCUUCUUGCAUGAGUGGAUCAAGAACCUUUAAGAUGGCUAAACUAGAGGAUUCCAGAAAUGUAGACAAACCAGUAGCCCCUAUGGAAUCUCUGGAGAAGAAUCCUCUCUUGAAGACUACCACUGACAAGAAAUCUUCUGUUUCAAAUAAAGAAGUAGGAAUGAACUCUAUCCAAACAUUCAAAAUAGGAGAACAAGACUCAGAAAUGACAUCGGAGUCUGAAGAAGAAAAGCCUAUUGGCAAUGAAAAUAAUAACAAGCUGCAACAGGUUGACGGAAAAAUGAAGAAUCUCAAAAGUAAGGAAGAUCAACUAUCAGUAAAUCUAUAUAAUGUUGCUUCUUCUGCUACCAACAAUGAUGAGUUAAAUCAAGAAAGAAAUACUACAAAAACUGAUAGCCAGCAAUUUUCUCUUAUGGAAAAUGAAAACUAUGAUGGGCCUACAAUGAAUACACAUAAUGAAAACAACAAGGUCAAAAACCCAAUAAAUGAAAUUGAUGAAUUUGAUGACUUAACUCAGUCAUCUGAAACAGCCUCUGAGGAUUAUGAGCUGCCUCAUCCUAAUUAUGAGAAUAUUGUGUUACUAAUCGAGCAACUUAGGAUGGAGUGUAAAGAUUUUGUUAGCUUAUUGAAAAUCCGGGAUGCAGUUCAUUCAUAUAAAAGAUUGAUUGAACUGAAAAAAAGUCAAUGUGACGAACUUUCAGGAAAAAUUGAAAGAAUGGAAAGCAGAGUUAGAGGACUACAAAAGGAGCUGUCAGAAAUCAAAGAAGGAAAAUCGCAGUUAGAACAUGAGAAAGUGGAAUGGGAACAAGAACUCUGCAAAUUGAAAUUUGCCUUAAAACAAGAAGAGGAGAAGAGAAAAAGUACGGAACAAUUUUAUGAAAAAAUUAAGGACCAGUUAAGAAAAAGCGAAGAGCAGUAUAAUAAAGAAGUUGAAAUGAAGCAACAACUUGAAAUCUCUAUUAGAACACUAGAUAUGGAAUUGAAGACUGUGAGAAAUAAUUUGAAUCAGGUUUUAGAAGAGCGAAAUGACACUCAGAGGCAACUUUCUCGAGAGCAAAAUGCCAGACUAUUACAAGAUGGAAUCCUGGCAAAUCACCUUUGCAAACAAAAGGAAAAAGAAAUGAUGCAAAAGAAAAUGAGUGCUGAGGUUUCUUUUAGUCAUGAGAAAGAAAAAGAUCUGUUGCAUACAAAUCACAUGUUACAGGAUGAAAUUGCCAUGGUAAGACUGGAAAUAGACACAAUAAGAAGUCAUAACCAGGAAAAGGAAAAGAAGUAUCUUGAGGAUAUUGAAAUUGCAAAUGAAAAGAAUGAUAACCUUCAAAAGACAAUAAAACUAAAUGAAGAAACAUUGACAAAAACAGUAUUCCAGUACAAUGGACAGAUUAAUAUUCUCACAGCUGACAAUGCAAUGCUAAAUUCUAAAUUGGAGAAUGAAAAACAAAACAGGGAAAGACUGGAGACAGAAGUUGAAUCAUACCGCUCUAGACUGGCAGCUGCUAUUCAUGACCAUGGUGAAAGCCAGACAUCAAAGAAAGAACUGGAACUAGCUUUCCAGAAAGCAAGAAAUGAGUGGUCUCGCUUACAGGAUAAGUUGAAUUUUGAUAUUUGUAACCUAAAAGAUAACAAUGAAGUUCUUUCCCAGCAACUUUCUAAAGCUGAAAGGAAAUUCAAUAGCCUAGAGAUUGAAUUACAUCAUACAAAAGAUGCUCUUCGAGAAAAGACUUCAAUUUUAGAACAUAUACAAAGAGACCUGAGCCAAACACAUAGCCGAAUGAAGGAAAUUGAACAUAUGUAUCAGAAUGAACAAGGUAAGGUAAAUAAAUACAUUGGAAAACAGGAAUCCAUAGAGGAGAGGUUAUCUCAACUACAAAGUGAAAAUACCUUGCUUCGACAGCAGUUAGAUGGUGCUCACCACAAAGUUGACAGUAAAGAAAAGACAUUAAUUAAUAUCCAAGACCAAUUUCACAAUAUCAUAAGAAAACUUCAAGCUGAAGGUGAAAAGCAAAGUGUCAUGCUCGAAGACAGAAAUAAAGAGUUAAUCAAUGAAUGUGAUCAUUUAAAACAACGAUUGCACCAAUAUGAAGAUGAGAAAGCAGAAAGAGAAGUAGUUGUGAGACAACUUCAACAAGAACUGGCUGACACUUUAAAAAAACAAUCUAUGUCAGAGGCUUCACUAGAAGUUUCCUCACGUUACCGCCUUAAUUUGGAAGAUGAGACCCAAGAUUUAAGGAAGAAAUUAGAUCAAAUUAGAAGUCAACUACAAGAAACCCAAGAUCAACACACAGAGGCUGUUCGAUGUUCUGAGAAGAUGCAAGAUCACGUUCAAAAACUUGAACUUGAAAAUUCCAAGUUAAAAGUUACAUUGAAAAAGCAAUCAGGAAAAAUUGAAGAGCUUCAGAAAAACCUGUUAAAUGCAGAUUUGUCUGCAGAGAAAAGGGAACAACUGAAGACACUUACUGAGCUAAAACAAUCUCUAGAAGACACUUUGGAUCAAGAAAAGAAGAGAAGUGGUGAAUUAGAAAAAGAGCUAACUGGAUUUAAGAAGCUUUUUAAAAUGACAAACAAGUUAAAUGACCAUGAAAAUGGAGAUUUUAGUUUCCUUGAAGAUUUUAAAAGCAGUCAAUUUGAAAUGGAAAUUCCAGUUAUUAUGCUAAUACAGAAGAUUGAUGAUCUUACAGCAAAACUGGAAAGUGCAUCUUCAAAAUGUCUACAUCUGGAUAAAAAAAAUCAGUUUCUUCAGCAAGAGUUACUAUCUAUGAAAACUAUGCAAAACAAAUGUGAAAAGCUAGAGAAAAACAAAAAGAAGCUGGAACAAAGAAUAGUAAAGCUCAAAAAUCAUAUGGAAAACAAUAUGGUGGAAAAUGGUCAAGUAGAGCAGCAUACACGGGAGAUUGAGGAAAAAGCAAAACAAGACCUAGUGGAAAAGCUGAAACAAGUCAAUCUGUUUUUACAGACACAAGCAGCAUCUCAAGAAAACUUAGAGCAGUUAAGAGAGAAUAACAAUGCUUCAGUAAGAAAUCAGAUGGAACUCCGGAUUAAAGAUCUAGAAUUUGAACUCUCUAAAAUGAAAACUCAAGACAAUUUUAAUAAAGUUGAAAUAGAAAAGUACAAGCAGCUCUAUCUUGAAGAAUUCAGAAGUAGAAAAUCAUUGUCAAACAAACUAACCAAGACUAAUGAGAGACUAGAAGAAGCCAACACCAAACUUUAUGUGGAGGAACAGCAGAAGAGAUCAUUACUGAGCACACUUAGUGCACAGCCCAUCCUGGACUGCCCUUGUGUUGGAAAUUUUCACAAUACUUUGGGGCUUAACAGAAGUUUUAUCCCAACAGAAAGCUUAGCACUUCCUACCUCGCACUUACGACCAUCCAGUAAGAGCAUGGAGAACUACCUGACCAAGGUUCAGCAGGAGUUGGAAAAAAGUAUAACUAGAGAACUAAAAGAAGCUGCUGCUGAACUUGAAUCUGGAUUCUUUAGAACCUCUCCCUUAGGAUCUACUCCUAUAUCAAGUCAAAAUCUCCUUUCAGAAGCAUCUCAAGGAUAUGUAGAGAUUCUAAAGAAGAAAUACAUGAUCUGAACUGUGACAUUUUUUCAUUGGACUAUUUCUAUAACAUUUUAAUUGCACCCUAUUAAAUAAUGUAAAAACCUGACUAAAGGGAAAUAUUUUUAAAUCAUACAUUGAAUGAUCAGAAUUCAUAUAAUAGGUUUAUAUAACUAACUUUUAGGCAGCUUUUGAAGUGACAACUAGCAUCAAUGAGUUUUACAUACUCAAACUGACCCAGAGCCAGGCAACCAAGUUGUCAUUAAUACUUUGUUGGAAUAAAAUAUUGCUGUAGUAUAUGUA